AUGGCGACUUCAACCCCAUGGAGAAGCGGUCUGCGCAGACUUGGGACUACGAAGAACAUCGCAAAUGCACCGCGAUCCCACCACGGGCGGACAGUAGUCCAACAGCGAAGCCUCCAUACCCCAGCGCCACUAUACCUACCUUUCCUUGCUCCAUCAUGGCAAUCCUCCGGUCGACAAGCCUCCCAGCUAGCCCAGAGUAAACCGGCACCACAACCACAGCAACCACAACGGCGACACAUAUCCACAACACCCCGCCGACACGCAACAGCAAUCACCAACCCUCGCAAAAACGACUCUGGCGACCCCAUGACCAUCACAAUCACCCCCCGCGCCGCCUCCCGCCUCCAGUCCCUCGCCUCCACCGACUCCAACCCCGACCUCGCCCUCCGCGUCGCCGUAGAAAGCGGCGGCUGCCACGGCUUCCAAUACCUGAUGUCCCUCAUCAGCACCAAGGAGAUUGACCCAGGGGAGGACACGAUCUUCGAGAACGAGGAGAUUGUCAGCGGAAAGGGCGAUGGGGUGUAUAAAGCGAAGAUUGUGAUGGACGAGCCGAGUCUGGAGCUGUUGCAGGGGAGUAGUGUGGAUUAUACGAUGGAGUUGAUUGGGAGUCAGUUUAAGGUGGUGGGGAUUCCCGGGGCGACGAGUUCGUGUGGGUGUGGGACUAGUUUUGAUGUUGCUGCGUGA